GCCGACGUUCCAGCUGGACUGCGAGGUGAAGUACGACUGCGAACGAAGCAAAGAUCGUUUGUGCCAUGGCGAGAGCUCUCGUUCCUCCACGCGGGCGUGGUGUUAUUUUUUCGGCAUCUCUGAUGCAUUGUAAGUCCGCGGUCUUUGCUCAUGGCAUGCCGCCGUACACGCUCCCUUGACCCACCCACUCGGCCGGCCUGAUCAUGCAGAGCUCGGCCAAACGUAAACUGACACGACUGGAUCUCCGCUCGUGCCGCGUGUUGGCACAGUUUAUGGGCCACCCCUGGUAACGUCUGCGGCGUCCGGUAAGAUCGGGAUCGAGCUGGGAAGGUAUCGUCCGGACAAACGCGAAUACUAUGACUCAGAAAUACUGUAACGCACGGAGCUGGAAGGGGGUCUGCAACGGCCGCUAGUAUUGUCCGCACGGGGAAUGUCGACAGUAAUGCUUAGGCUGCAAGCUGGUCAUCGACUGUAACGCCUUGGUCGGGGUUGUGUCGUCGGUUGGGUAAACUUGGACUGCAAGUACAGUACGUGAAACAGCUCUGAUGCAUGCGGAUAACUGCAACCAGCGCCGCUCCUUCCGGAAAGGGAUCACCCGUCUUGCGUUCGGCAGUCUCGUAGCCUCAUGGCUCCAGCCCACGAGCGUGCUAUCUCUCUACUUGCACCGAGCCUAUUGGACCACCACUCGUAUCAGUGAGGUUUCUAAUCGAACUUUAAACUUGUGAUGGGUGUUCCAGGCCGACCAUUAGUAGUAGUUGUUCAGUGACGAUCGAGGGUGACCGCAGGCCUAGCCAUUCGUGCGGAACCGUCAGAUCAUGAAAUUGUGGCCCCGCCAAACGGAACAAUGAGUCGGCGUACCCUAAUCGUCUCCGGGGUGCGAAAGGAGCUUCUCUAGCGUGAAGGUCGUAUAAAAGCCCAGCGUAUAUCAGAUCGUUUCCGCCUCGACCUGACACUUGCUACUCCAUCUCGCCUUCAUGACCACUCCGUUGCCUCUAGUAUACCCUGACGUCUGCGGCUGGAAUGCCAGCACCAACACCCUAGACCAGAUCAUCCCCUCUGCUUCCUCGUCUGUUAUGCCUCCUCCUCAAACUUCGUCACCUCAUCCGUCACCCAUCACUGUCCUAGAGCCUGUCCCCGUGCGCCCCGCAUGCUCUCGUCAGCCAUCCCGAACGCCACGUCGCAGCGACGACCCGAAUCAUGUGCCCCGGCCGCGCAACGCCUUCUUCAUCUUCCGCUGCGAGUUCACACGCAAGCACACUGGGGAGGCAAAGGACUCGACCCGUUCGUCCACCCCCGAGAAGGUGCUCUCAAAACGUGCCGGUGCGGCCUGGGCGGCGAUGUCCGAUGCUGAGAAGGGGCCAUACCGUGAUGAGGCGAAGAAGGAGAGUAAGAGGCACACCUUGGAGAAUCCUGGGUAUCGCUACAAGCCGAAGCGGAAGAAGCCUCCCCAGCGACGCACCACGGGGCCUGUGACCCGCCGCGAGCAGGUGGAGUCCCUAGUCCAGUUGCGUGAGGGUACCUCCGCGAGACUCGCCGAGUCGACUUCUGGCUGCCCUCACAGCCACGCGUCAUCGUCGCCUGAGCCCGACGGACCCGUUACGCCGCGCGAUUUGCAGCACCGUCGUUCGAUGUCGCUGCCGCACAUCGACGGGGUGGACCACCUCAGCCCGUACUCGUACACCCACACCUACUUCAUCACGCCCGCGUCGUGCUCGUCUAGCCCUAGCCCUGAUCCGCAGCGGAACGGCAGGAGGUUGAGCUCCGCCCGACAGCGAUCAUUCUCGCCGAACAUGUACAUCCCACCACCUGAUCUGUCUUUUGACCUGGAGUUUGCCGAGGCGACUGCGCCAUUCGCAUUGUUCUCACCACGCGGCUCGACCGUCUCCCUCCCCGAGCUGAGCUCACUGCAGGAUUUCACGUUCUAUGAUGAUGGGAGCAGUACUUAUUCAACGCCUCAAAUCUCGCCGGCGGCGUCGAUGUACGACAUCAGCCAGCCAGAAUGCUUCGCGGCUCCGCUCGUCCCGCAGCAGCACGAGUUGUCUGCACCUGCCUUUAACCGGAGACAUCGCUCGAACACGGCGCCAAGCGCGACGAUGUCCCCGCUCGCCUUCCUGAGCUCGUCUCUGAGCAACUGGAACGGCGAGGCCCCGCCGCCCGUCACGCUCACGCGAGGCAGCACGGCGCCUGCGCUCACGAUCUCGCCGCCGGACCCGUCCGCGUCGCUCUUGCUGGGGCAGCCGCCGAUCCAGGUCAUCACGGACGAGGCGGACUACGGGUACGGGACGCUCCUCGCGCCAGGCAUCGACCUCGACCCCGACCGCACGCCUCGGCGCGCGGACUUUGCGCCGAACGUGCAGGCGCUGUACGCCCCGCCCUACGUCCCGACACCGCCGCUGCCGCCGGGCUACCCGCAGCCUGUCUGCACGGACGUGCCGCUCGCGCACGCCUCACCCGGCGAGGCGUACGCGCUCGAGUCGUACAGCGAGGGUCUCGGCGCGUUCGACAUCACUCCAGCGAUCUACGACAUGUCGCCCUUCGAAGAUAUCGACUUUAGUGAUUUCCUCCACGUGAGCCAGUGACGCCACUUUGGACCGCCGCCCAGCGCCUGGGGGCUGCACCUCCCUCAGCGCACCUCUCUCACGGCGGCGCACCUGCGAUACCCUCUUCCUUUUCUUCAAAAUCUCGCGGACUAUCUAUGUAAUGUAUGUUUCAGUGUUUGGCUCCGCACCGUGCUUGCAAACCUCCUCUCAAUUAUUGUGUAGCGUACUCUAACGGUGUUUACGACCCCUUCAUAACUAUUAUUGUAUCCUAUAGCUUUUCCACGCCUCACUGAAAUGAUCAUAAAACGUUUUUCAUGUCUACACCCUCAGUGAUUUCUACUCCACUACUUAUCAUUGCUUUUUUUCCACGGACCGUUGAUACCCGCCUUUACGUAGUCUGUUGCAAAGUUUUCUACUUUAUGUUCGCGAAUAACUAGCAAUAGGGUCGAAGAUUAUUUGAGGAUAAGAGAGCGAUGACACAUCUAGAACUGACAGGAUCAGCAG